AUGGAAGCGAUAGCGGACGAUCAAGGAGCUCUAGAAAAAAAUCAACACUCGCUCCAUUUCCUUGAUCGCGAUCGUGCCUACCUGAUCGCUGAAGUAAACCCCACUCUAGCCAAUCAAGUAUGGUGGCCACAGCGCAACGCAGAUAGUGCGGACAUGUUCCUUUUUAUGCUCAAAUCACAAUGGAUAACCGAUAAAUACUACGAGGAGUAUCCGAACUCGGACUUUACGGAAUUAUGGGAGGUACGGGAAAACCGAGGAGUCAACUCUCAGGGAGGGCUCCGUAAAUACGCAGACAAGCAUGGGAUGGAUUAUAACAGGCUUCGAGAUAUAGUUCAAGUCACGCAGAAAGCGCGUGCAAUAGAGGCGGAAAUGGAAACUCCGGGCCUAUCGAAGAGCAUGUAUUUUGCCUUCAAACGACUGAGGGCUGUGAGAUUCGAACAAAUUGGGCCAUUCUGUGUCCUGUUUCGGACUAGUGAGUCAUUCGAAAAACUCAAGCAUUACGCACCUAAGGCCCUCGCGCUAUGGAACGAUUACGCGGCUAUAAUAGAUCAGCACAGACAAAACCGGUGA